CCGAAGGGGGGGUCCUUGUCAAGAAGGGCCAACCUGUCAUCAUCUUCUCUAAAAAUGGCCCAUCGCUGGUGAUUGAGGGAUCUUCUGAAAGCAGGCACCUUCACAGCUGCACUGGUGUAAUCACACAGUACAAUGUGGGGCAGAUUAGGAGCAGAUAGCUGAUCACCAAUAAGUUUGGGUAAGAGGCAAACUGUUGUUUAAUGAUUAAUAAUAACAAAACCCUCCCACACGCCGAGUUUCAAUUGCCUCUAGAUGGGAUAGCGGUUGGGAGCCAUUUUUUAUUCCAUCUGAAUGAGGCCCUAAGCAGUGUGGGUAACUGAAGCAGAGAUAAUGAUCUAUUAAAGAAAGGGUUGUCCUUACUUUAGGGAAGUCAACGGUUGUGAUUACAUUGUCUGUGUGUGUGAUGUGUCUGCGUGUGUUUAUGUGGUGGGUGACAUUUUUCACUCAUUGUGGACAACUACUGAAAAUAUUGCAUGCACAUAAAAAAACCUCAAACAGAUAUUCAACAUCAUACAGUGACUAUGCCUUUAAUGGUGACACAAAAUGGAACAAUGGUCUAGUUUGUGUAGAAGUAUAUACAUAUAAACUUCAAUGAGGGAAUGUUGAGAAUUUUCCCCUGAUAAUGUUAAACUAAGGUGUCAAUUGUAUCCAGUAUAGUUUGUAAAUGUAUGAAGACAGAUGGUUACAGUAUAACUAGUAAGUGUAAGGUCACCAGAUGAACACAUAGUAUCAUCUCCUGUGGGAAACCUUUGGGGCACAAUUGAUACCUACCCUCCCCUUGUGGUAGUUAGCAGUACUAUCACAAAUAAAGAAAGGGAAACGGUAUAUUGAUUUAUUUAGACAUAUUUCACACAUGUCAAAUUAAAUUGACUGCAGUAUGCAUCAAUGACAAGGUCUUCCUUUAGUAUCUAGCAGACUUCAGCCUUGCCCUCCUGCAUAUAACUUUGCCUAUUCAUCUCAAUUGAAAUUCAUCCUCCCAAAACCUUCCCAUCCAAACCUCAGAUCUUGCCCACCAUGUACACCAUAGAUCAAAGCCUCACAGAUAUCCCCUUAUUCAAGAUCAGAUAUUCAUAACAUCCUAUCUGACUGGGAUUGCAGAUAGCUGUUUAGCUGCACUUCCGCCUUAAGAGGAAAGUACAUAUUGGUUUUGUAAGCCAUAUGACACUGGAUCAGAAACCAGCAGGGGGGGGGGGAGAAGGCAGGUCUGGCUGCACUGCCCUGCCCACAUUAGUGACAUGCAGCUCUGCCAUGCCACACUACACCCAGGCGGAAGAGCAGCAGAUUUUCCUGCUGUGCCACAAAUGGGUUUUCCAGCAGCCCGGAACACUCUACAAUGUACAAAACAACAUAGCCCAGGGCUAAACCUGCUGCUGUGAACCGAGGAGGUGCCAGCCAUAGCUCUUGCGAGCCCUACUCUACCUCACCUAAAAAACAUGGUGCAUUUUUCAUCACAUUUGUUAUUUCAUCACUUUUAGGAUUUGCUUUCACACUAUCUGAACCAGCCUAUGAUUUAGUAAGUGCGCAUAUUGGAUUGUCUUGUACAAAUAAUUAAUUUAGCCCCCAACUGAGACACUGAUUACAGUAGUUCUCACUCAAUUGGAAACUGUGUUAUUGUAUAGUUACAGAGGAAGUAGAGUUAAAUUGCACCGCAGCCCGAACACAAACCCCGAUCUUGACAGCUCUGUUUGUUUAUACACAACAUCAACCCUUUCAAAUGUAAUUUUAGAGAGAUUGUUGCAAAAACGAAUUCUGCUAUGGCCUCCUGAGCUUCUUACAGCUGUCAACAUACAAAGUAAAUUAACCAAACACCCAUUACUGCAUGCCUCAAUAGCACAAAGCUGUUUUAGGAUUGGUUAAUUUUACUGUAUUGUGUAGAUUUUCUUUUAGUCUCCCUUGAGAGAAGAAUUACUCAGAGUUUUUGUUGUGAGUUAUUCCUUAUCUGAGAAUGUAGGUUUAGUUUUGCAGUGGAUAUGUGAAUAGCUGUGUGUCUGUGGGUACCUGUGUACAAGGGUGUGGAGAAAAAUGGGAUUUCCUGUGUCCUUAUGUUACUCACUAAUCAACAGAACUUUCACCAAUUGAUAGAACUGGUCAUUGGAGACUAGUUAGUAUGUUAAAGGUUUGCUAUUGCUUAGUGUUGAUUGUGUAUUUGUCAGGUUGAAUAGAUGAGCAGGGUAUGGAGAAAGUACCUAUUAUCUCUCUCUGCCCUGAGUGUGAAACUCGUUCUCUGUGACUGUUGUAACGCCAUGCACAAUGAUGCAGUUAGAUGUGGUUAGAUUUUACAAUAUAAUCUGUCAUGCCUUUCUGAUGAACAUUUGUUUUGGGCCCGUUUCACGUUCAAAAUGUGCCCUGCAUUCGCACCGGAUUUAUCUCCCCAUGCAACUCUUUAAAUAUGCUUAAAUAAACAAUGGAUCAACUACUGUAAGUGACAUUUCUAAUCCACUCCCCUCUUCUGCCCAGGCCCAAUAUAGACAUGUGCACACUGUCCCCCCCCCAUCUGAGCAGAUUUGAGGAGGAUUUAGUUUGAUAAGGAGACACACAGACUACAAUGCUUCGCUUGGCUUAUUUCCGCAGGUGUUGAGGGUGGAAAUUAUUCAUGCUGACUCUGUGGAUUACAUUUCUUCUUCUCCUCAGCUCCCUGCCUCACAUGCAAAUGGUAGCCUACCUUGCUGACUCCCCCGUCCAUCAUGGGGGAAGGGCUUGCCGAGGAGUCAGGGCCAGUGGACUCUGACCCUUCUGGCCUGACACGUGUUAUACCGUCUGUUCUGGGGUCGACUGUCUGCAUCUUUGACAGGCAGGUAUAGAGCAUUAGUAUUCAGCCUCCUGCUAGGCCUGGCAGGAGAGGGGCAGCUUGCGUAGAUAGGCUAACCAUUCACAGACACAGCGUAAUGUAGAGGGAUAAAGAAAAUGUAGCAACAGGAAUUUCAAUUAAACUGUUUGUUACACAGGGUAUAUGGUAGAUUUAUAAAGGCUAGCUAACUCCAUCAGUGAUUCAAAACAUUCUUAACAUAUUUGCUGUCUUUUAUCAAAACAGUCGUUUGUUGGUCCACAAUCCUUUGGAAUCUGGUCAUUCAUUGAAGAGUGAUGUUGAUCACAAUGGAUGAGUUGUGUUGUGUGAUGUGGAACAAUCGCGUCAGUUUGUUGUGUCUUGAUGUCUAGCAGGAGGGGCAUCCCGGAGAGAGAUAUUUCAUUGAUGAGACUAACUGAAGCGGUAUGACUAUAGUGUUCCUGGCUCGGCUGGAAGACUGACUGAUGUCAAGCAGGAUCUGAGACUGCCACCUGCUGCUGCAGUCUCCUACUGCAACACACACUCCAUGAACCCAGAGUGCCCUGGAGCACUCUCUUCUUUAAUCUCUUUGUUCUGGCACAUUAGGUGAAAAUGAAUUUUGGUGUCAUUUCUGAUUUGUUGGCCAACAUCAUUGUCAGUUUGUACACUUUGGCACACUUGUUUUUCUGUGGUCAAUGAUUGUUGAAAUUGUUCAUCAAUGGACAGACUCAAACAGGUUUUUCCAAAGUAGACACUACGGACACAGAACACUAAUCACUUACGAAUUAAUUGUGCAGUUGCAAAGUUUGACACAAAGUCUCUAAAUGCACCUGCCGUAGACAAUCCCGGGCAUGAUCCCGGGCAAACAGACGUCAGGACGCGCACUACGUGGGGAUUCCUAAGGAUUACCCAUCGUACCCCGCGGGUAAAGAUGGCGAUAGAUGAAACGGGUUGGAGAUCAACUUUAUCCGGGAGCAGACCCAUCUCAAAUCUAGUUUGAAAAAGUAGUAGUCUUCUUGUGGGUUAAUGCGUAGCAAUAAUAUGCGUUCACACCAUAUUCGACGUAUUUUGUGCUCCAUUUGCUCAAAUAAUUAUUGAAUUGUAGCCGUGCACGAACAACCUCGCGAGCAAUUGCAGAGUGCAGCCCGUCCUGAGAGAAGAACGGACAAAGUUUAUUACGAGGAACGAGUCGGUCUUCCGCUGUGACACUGAUUUCCGAGAUUACGUUACCGUCCAUAAAUGUUAGGAAUACAACGAGGUCAUCAGUGGCCCGGAAGGUUCACAUGCCAAGAGAGGUAGGAGGACGAAGAGGAGGAGGGGUGAGGAAGAUUAGGGAGAUUGGGCUGCUGCCGCCGCGACUGCUGCUGGAUUGAGUUUCUCGCCAGCAAGAGGCACACACACUCACUCCGGGCGAUGACUCUGGAGCUGGCAGUCUACACUGUGGAGAGUGUCAAUAACCUGACGACCCGUGGAUGAGGACAUUGCUGGAACACCUCGGAACUUUGGGAGUAACUGAACAGACCGUGAACGGACGCCGAGCGGCACAAACAUGACGAGCGCUGCCCCGGCCAGGAAGCCGUACCGCAAGGCUCCGCCGCAGCACCGCGAGACGCGCCACAGCCUUCCCGUCUUCCGGGAGGACGUCAACGAGGGCACCUUGCCCGCUGGCGGCGCCGCCCCCCCGCCUGACCCCAGCCAGGACUCCUUAUCAGAUGCAGACAGAAUCAAGAUCCUGCAGCAGCAGAAUGAAGACCUACGCCGGCGGCUCUCCCACACCACCCACAAGAUGGAGGCCAUGGAGACGGAGUUCGAGACCAGCCGGCACUACAUGCAGGCGGAGAUGGGUCGCACGCGCGACGACCUGGAGAAAAUGAGGGACAAGUUCCGCAGACUCCAGAACAGCUACACUGCGUCACAGAGAGCCAACCAGGACCUGGAGGAGAAGCUACAUGCCCUGCUACGGAAAGUGGAGAGGGACAAGAAGACCAUGGACCAGGAAAUAGUCGAGCUCACCAAUAAACUCCUGGAUGCUAAGAACACCAUAGACAAGCUGGAGGAGCUCAAUGAACGCUACCGUCAAGAUUGCAAUUUGGCUGUACAGCUGCUAAAGUGCAAUAAAUCCCAUUUCAGGAACCACAAGUUUGCGGACCUGCCGUACGAGCUGCAGGACAUGGUGAACAAGCACAUGAAGAGCAACCUGCCUGAGAGGAGCCCGGGCCCCCAGGGAGCCCAGAGCCAGGACCCCGACUCCCUGAGCCUGACCCCAGCGGACGUGGUGCCCACCUCGGUCAUUGCUCGCGUCCUGGAGAAGCCCGAGCCCCUGGUGCUGAACUCGGCCCAGUCCAGCAGCAGCGCCGGCAGACCGGUGGCGGAGGACGUGUUUGUGCACGUGGACAUGACGGGCCCUCAGGCCGAGGGCGGCGGGGGAGGAGGAGGAGGAGGGGGGCGGGAGAACGGCUGCCCCGCCCACAGCCGAGGCCCCUCCCAGAGCGGCAGCGCCGGCAGCCAGAACCUCCUCCAGCAGAACGGCGUGUGCCGCAGCCAGAGCAGCCUGGACGGCCAAUCGGGAGAAGAGGGGGCGGCGCCCUCCUUUGAAAAGCUCAACCCGUACCCUGCCCCUCCUCCACCCCACCCGCUGUACCCGGGGCGCAAGGUCAUCGAGUUCUCGUCCGACGACAAGGUGAAGAUCCCUAAAAACAGCCCGCUGCCCAACUGCACCUACGCCACGCGGCAGGCCAUCUCCCUCAGCCUGGUGCAGAACGAUGAGGAGGCUGUGGAGCGCCUGCGCACCGUGCCCAACAGCCCCGCUGUGUCCGACAGCGGCUGGCGCUCCGGCGCCUCCUCCUCCUCCGGGGGCGGCGGAGGGCAGCGGGGAGAACGCGGGCCCACGCCCUCGCAGCCGGACAUGGUGGAGCCCCUCUCCAGUCAGUCCAGCCCCUUCAGCAGUCCCCCGCAGCCUCCCAGCGCCUUCGCCAGCUCGGGUAGCUCGGAGGAGGACCUGAUGGCCAACUGGCAGCGGAUGUUCGUGGAAAAGAUGGCGCCCGCCUCCGAGGGCACGCUGGUCAACCGCACGUCCUUCAGCAGCGAGACGGUCAAGGACCUCCAGAGGACCCGGACCGCCACGUCCACCGGCGGAGGGUCCGACCGCGGGGCGAUGCGGGGGGCCUACUCGGAUGGCGAGGAGGGCUCGUCGACGCGGAGCUGGACGGCCAGCCGGGAGUCCAGCCUGGACACGGACACCAGCAGCAUGGCCGAGCUGCGCACCAGGAGAGGGCAGUAUGGAGCCGACUUCUCCCAGGAGGAGAGCGAGCAGCUGCUGAUGACCCUGGACCCGCUGGACCCCCUGGACCCGCUGGACCACGAGGACGACGCCAGCGGCGACACGGCCAUCACCAUGGGCGGCGCCAGCCCGGCAGAGAGCAAGAGGAAAGAGUUUGCGGGGGAAACGCGCUCGGCGGGUAGCUCAGCCGAGGAGAGGGACAUCGUGCCUCAGGACUUUCCCGUGCUUGCCCCUCGGGUCGCAGCCGGCCUGGAGGACUACUCCGACCCCCUGCCUCUCGCCGCCAACGCCCACGCCUCCGGAAGACCCCUGAAGAGCCCCAAGAGGAUGGGGGUGCACCACCUCCACCGCAAGGACAGCUUGACCAGAGCCCAGGAGCAUGGCAACCUGCUAGACUGACACAGCAAGGGAACUCCCUUCUGUCAUCUCCAGUGGUGAUGGACUCCGCUCCACCUUUCACUAUGGAUGUCUUAAGAUGAUUGGACCAGCGUAACUAUAUGCAGUCCUGGAGCCUCUUUGUGCUGCUGUAUCUGACUGGCUGGGUCAGGAAAAAGAACCUCCGGACUUCUAGAGUCUCUGUGCUGACACUGUCCAGGAACUUGCUCUAUUACCUGGUCUGUCUGGAUGUAAGUCCUGGCUCCAAGUUUGACAUUGUUCAAAGAGUUGUUUACCUCUCUUAACCGUGUGAGCUGUGACGUGAAACAGUCUGUAGUAACCGAUUAGAACUUCCAAGGCCCUCCGGAGCUAUGAAGUCACUGAAUGAAAGGUCGUUCCUUUACACUCCCGCUCUACCCCGCUGCAGACGGUUUCACAACAGAGGUGGGGACUGCAGGAUAUAGCCAUACCUUGUUGUUUUCUUUGUGUGUGUGUGUUUAAACGCCCAGCCAGUAUCUCUCUUAUGGAAAUGACUGAUAGAGCUGCAUUGUUUAAACUCAGUGCUUGGAGACAGUGGUUAGUGCCGAACCUGGAGAAAAAAACUGAAUAGAUGGUGUUUCUUUCGUUGCUUUUUAUGUUUAUUCUUUGGCCUACUCCUCCCUCCCCCCCCCCCCCCCCCAUCACUUCCGACAAGUAAUAUGGAAUACAGGCAUCUAAAAUCACAUCUGAGAGUGGCAAGCACUCAAGUCCCCACCGCCCUUCACACACACACAGACCCCCCCCCCCCCCCCCCCCCCCCCCCCCCCCCCCCCAGUGCCUAUUCCUCUCUGUAUGAGUGAGGAGCACUAGUCCCCUUUUGUGAUCUCCGAAACAUACAGGACAGUGUAACCUUCCUCUGAAGGUUACCAGUUAGUCCAGCAGCCUCCAGGCUCUCUACUGUGAUUGUCAUAAACACACUGACCAGGUUGUGGUCAAUCAAUCCACAGAAUGUCACCAUUGAUAUCCUGUCUAGUUUUGUCGAAAUUGUAUAAAAUAACCAUUGUAAUGAUGUUUGAUUAUUGUUUUCUUUCCUUAAUUAUAUGUUUUCAAGUUGAUUGUUUUAAAAUGUUUUUGUUGAGAAGAUAAUUCUUUGUCAUGGUAAACACAAAUCUAGUAAUUUAUUUCGGACUGUCUUUAAAAUGAUUACGGAAAGAAUGAUAGCAAUUCAGUUCAAGUAAAGCCCAGUAUUCCGAUUAUAAUAAUGUGUGCGAUCUCAUUUCCGUAUUGGUUGAAAUGGGCCAGGAAAUUCAUAUUGGCGUCUGAAUUAUGGUUAAUUUCACUACUGGAGUGUUAUUAUGAAUUUGGGUUUAUGUAUUUCCAUUUGGCGAAAGAAACAAACACUUUGUUCACAUGGCAACUGAAUGCAAGAUCUUAACCUGAUGACAGUAUUUUUGGAAGACACACUGCUUGCAUAACACAUAGUGAACUAAUAGUGAUUUGGACAUGUUUUUGAAGUAUUCACUGGGCUGAGCCCCAGAAAACUCCUGGAAGAUGCCUUUCAACUCAUUUUACACAACUCCUCUAUGUAAUGUGUCAUUGUGAGCUAGCAUGCUAACUGUAAAUGUCAUGUCUAAAACAUCUGAGUAUCUGAAAGUAUGUAUGAUAUGAGUGUGGUGGCAACCCCCCAUCACCCUAUUUCAAGCUAUACUCUAAGAUAGUAUUUUGAUAGGUGUAGACUUUUACACCGUCAAAUUGAACUCAUCGUAAUCCAAGCAAACUCUAUUAUGUGACUCUUUGUCUCUGUUCAGCCAACUGUACAACAGUUUGAAUGACAUGUUCCCACAUCUGUCAUACUUUGAAACCAGUACCACAUCUGUUCACAGACUUGCAAACUCAGUUUGAAUGUAAUCUGGAAUGUAAUCAUGAUUUAUGCAACAUUUAAUUUAACUUUUGAUUCCAUUUCUUUCACACUACUGUACUUUACAUCAAGAGAUUAUGUUUUUCUGACAGACAAUUAUUUGCUUGUGUUGUUUUGUAAAGUUUCCUUUUUGUCCCACAUAUUCAGUGGACCUAGCAGUCGUUUGUCAUUGUUCCAUUGUAAUCUACCUAACAUUGUUCAUUCUGUAUGGAGUGUCAGUUAUCCAUUCAGUUCUUCACUGAUUCACUACGUAGCAUUUACCAGUCAUGCUUUACAGAUCUAAAAGCCUGCAGCACAUUUCAGUUUGCCGACAUGGUCGUCAUUUGGCCUUCCUUACUUGGGGUUGGUUGUGUAGUGUUAUUCAGAUCCAGUCCUGCUGUGCUAUUGGCUUGGCUUCUGAGAGCAGGUGCCCUGCUGUGGUCUUCAGAAUAGAGCUGUGCUAGCAGCUAGAUAUGUCACUCCAGCUCUCAUGCAGACAGUGUUAUUCAACUAUGGUGUGUACACAGUGUCAGAGUGGUCAAAAGUGUAAUAUCAUCAUUUCAAGUGUAUUUACGUGCAGGAACAUGGACACCAUCGUAGAACAAUACCAAUUAGUCUAUUUUACCUCUCUUCACAUAGAGAGUCUUAGCCACCAAUUAUAAAUGAAACUUCUAAGAGUGAGGUACUUGACAUAUCAGCAAAUUGGCAACAUUAAGUAACGUAGCCACCCUCCUGAUACUGGGGCCAUGGUUAAGGGGGCUCCAUUCCCUCCAGAGUACGAUUCAGUCCCCAGACAGAUGCUGGUACAGCGGUAAGCUUUCUGUUGCACUUCUCCCAUUUGAAUAAUUCAUAAUUUUUUUUCCUCCAAUGUGAUGAAGGGACAGGUUGGUGAAACCAAGGCCUUUAGCCUCACAAAUCUUCAAAAUCAACCUCUGCCACCCUCUUGCUACCCUUAACUUCUCUCUCUUUUUUCCCCACUUUCAGAAUGUUUGUAUUGUUUUGUUCGUUAUGUAUAAAUAUUCCCUCGAAAUCUCCCUUAAUAGGAGCAGUGGAAACAGGCUUUGACUAAAUAAUUCAUGUUUUAUUACCCUCAGAAAUAGGUUUCUAAUACUUCAGAAAGAGUGAGGAGAGAGAAUAGUCUGUCAUGGUCCGGAAUGUGGUAAUGUACAUUUUUAAUAUUUCAUGGGCUCAUCAGAUGUGCUGUAGACAAGGUUUCGUGCAAAUAAAAAAAGAAAAUGGGAGGGGUGGUGAAAAGACAACGGGGGGGAAGAUUCAGGUCCCACUAAUGUACUCUGCGUUUAAAUAUAGGCCCUUACAUCUGGUCUCCUGCAACUUUAAUGACUCCUCUUUCAUGAAUAUAAUUGAACACAUCACAGUGUGACAUGGCCCUUCUUUGAUCCAAGGUCACCUUACUAGGAUGCUUCACACCAGCAGAGAGGAAUUUGGUCUGGGGAUUUUGUUUUAUUUUGAUGUCAGUCUUUCAGAUGUGUAGAAAUAAACACAAUGUUUAUGAUCAUCUCUCUGUGACCCUUUAGUCGGGGGCAGAAGUGCUGUUUCACAAAACUGUGUAUUCUGAGAAUGAUGAAAGCACACAUGAUACAUGCACUCUGAGGAUUGGAUUUAUGUUCAAGAUCUGUAGAUGCAGAAUAACAACUGUAGAAUUGAUUAAAUAACUGUUGACACAUUUAGAAACAGCAUCCUCAUACACCAGAUAUGCACUGAUCAUGUGCUUCUGAUGCCAACAGCUAUACUAGUAUGUCACAUGUACUUUCAAAGGCCCAUUGAUGAGCUCUGACAUACAAGAACAACCGUUUAAGGAUUUCUGUUCAAAUAAAAAAGCUAGGUCCUGCCCCACAAGGAAAUAUAUAUUUAAGUGACUCUCAUCAUGGCAUCCAUUGCUUUAAAUCAUCCAGUCUUAAACACCAUGUUGUUUUGUAGUGUUUGAAAUGAAUGCUCUCAGCAACAUGUUUCUUUCAGCACUUUAAUGUGUGUCCACGGUGCAGUUUCCUGUCAAUGAAAUAAUGUUAUUUUUCAUUAGGAAUGGAAUGGGGAAGUUGGUAUUUAAAUUGGACACUUGAUUCUAUGGAACACUUUACUAUGGGAUGUUUUUAGUUUUGAGGUCCCUCAAGUCAAGUUCCCAGGAGCAGUGACUAUUGACUCACUUUACCCUUAAUUUGUCACAGGGCUCACAGUCUGUUUACCAGUCUUGCAUGGAGUGACAGUUUGAUUAUUCUCUCAUACUGAGAUGUGUGAACACUGUUAUUUUCUUUGGUUGCAUAUUCAUUUCACCCCUGAUGCAGUAUCACUUAUUUCAUGGCUUUGUAGAUUUCCAUUGAUUUUGAUGUAAGCAGGUAAGUUUCCAUGGUCAUGUAGCUGUACCAUGUGAUUUUAUUUCUUUACUGUUAUAAAAACAUAAAACAAAAAAAACAACAACAAAAAAACAUUCUAAAAGAAAAAAUCUAGAAAAGACUGUUAAACCAGUACUAAUUUUAUUUUCUGAAUUUGUAACUGAUGUAUAUUUUAAAGAAAAUAAAAUAUUUUAAACUUU